CUCAAACUUGACACUGAUGCUACAACUAAGAGACUACUAAAGCUGAAGUUAACUCAGAAACACAUAGGAGUGAAGUAGAACAAAUAUGAGACAAGCUGGUGCAUAUUCAGGGUUACUGUGUGGUGGGGUAUCAGGAAGGACAGGGCCCCACUCACUGCCCUUGGCAAGGAUCAAGAAGAUCAUGAAGAAUUCUGGGGAGGAUGUUAAGAUGAUAUCAGGUGAGGCUCCAAUUAUUUUCUCCAAGGCUUGUGAGCUCUUCAUUGAGGAACUUACUAGAAGGUCCUGGAUCAUGGCCAUCCAAGGCAAAAGGAGGACUUUGCACAAAGAGGACUUGGCUUCUGCUGUUAUAGCCACUGAUAUAUUUGAUUUUUUGAUCACUUUGGUUUCCAGUUCUGAAAGCCAUGCAGUUGGUGGUGCCACAAAUGUCAUGGAGGUGGAAACUAUAGAUUGCUCUUAAGCAACCUUACACUACAUACUGCAGCUACAAAAUUUGAGUUCUAUUUCUAUACAUGGCUAUGUAAUUAUUGUAAUAUAAAUAUAUAUGUAUGAUAUAGCUAAGGUAAAAACUUUAUGUGUUGGUUAUGCAUCCUCAUACUUGAAUGAAAUGAAGUUGUGUUAUGAUCCUUAAUUAAUACACAGGAACGUUAUGUUA